AUGUGGAGGUUGUCGGUGUUCGUUCUAUGGUUAGCUCUGCAAACGAUUUGUUUCAGUCACGUGACAUUUACGAAUCUCAAAUGCGUUUCACUCGAUGAGAAGUUCAUGGGUUUUAGUGCGUGCCAGAUCAAGGCAGUGAAUCGAACGCACAAGUACUUGGAUGUAUACACGAAGAUCCAUCAGUUUCCCAUAAACACGGCUGGGGUGAAAGUGAAAUUCAUGAAGUUUGACCAUGGAUACAAGCCCUUCUUCAUCGACAUCUCCUACGAUGGCUGCAAGUUCAUGAGGGAAAAAAAGAAGCAUCCCAUUGCUUUAAUGUUCUACAGUUCGUUCGCGAGCAACUCGAACCUCAAUCACACCUGUCCCUAUAAUCAUGACAUUGGCGUGAACAAACUCUAUACUGGGGAACUGGAGACAGAUCUCAGUCGCCUCAUCCCCAUAGCCAGCGGGGAUUACGCCGUCUUCACCGAAUGGAGUACCGAUAAUACUGUACGCUGUUCCAUUCGUCUCUAUUUGAAGAUAAAACGAAAUUAG